AUGGGAGUAAUCCCUAUAGUAAAUGAGAACGAUACUUUAGCUGUUUCCGAAAUCAAAUUUGGUGAUAAUGACACAUUGUCUGCCAUAACAGCUGCUAUGGUCAAAGCUGAUUACCUUUUCUUAAUGACGGAUGUUGACUGCCUUUAUACUGCCAAUCCACGGCACAGCCCAGAUGCGCGCCCAAUUGAAGUAGUCUCUGAUGUAUCUUCACUGGAAGCCGAUGUCUCUUCUGCUGGCUCGUCUUUGGGUACUGGGGGCAUGAGCACGAAGAUCGUAGCUGCCAAAUUGGGUACGAGUGCUGGCGUGACAACAAUUAUCACUAAGAGCUCGAAACCCGGUAAUGUCCAUGAGAUUGUGGAUUAUCUCCAACGAAUUGAACGUGACACUUCUGCGUCUCCUGCGGCCCUCGAAAGUGAAAGCAGUCAAUGUCCGCCCCCCCCGCUCCAUACACGUUUCUUGCCAUCUGAGAGCCCCAUACAAUCUCGUUCAUUUUGGCUACUUCAUGGGCUAAAACCACGCGGCACAGUUUAUAUUGAUCAUGGGGCAUAUAAUGCCCUCCUAAACAAAGCUGGUCUCCUCCCAGCAGGUGUCAUAGAGGUGGACGGCCACUUUGCGCAACAAGAAGCAGUCAAAUUAGUUGUGGUGCAGAGAAUUUCGCCGAAUUCUCUAAAUGGUGAUUUUCUCCAUCAUGGCCAAGAACCCAAGGAGGUUGGUCGUGCAUUGGUCAAUUACAGUAGCCAUGAAAUCACACGCAUAAAGGGUCACAGGAGUACUCAAAUACAGUCUUUACUGGGAUAUGCAGACAGCGAAUAUGUUGCUCUUCGAGAAAAUAUUUCUUUCCUCAAAUUAGACGAUUCCCUGCGAAAGUAG